AUGGCUCAGAUGAUCGAAGUGAUACUAAACGACCGUUUGGGACGGAAAAUACGCGUAAAGUGCAAUAGCGACGAUACGAUUUUGGAUUUAAAGAAACUUGUCGCUGCUCAAACUGGUAAGAAUUUGUGA